CUCUUUAAUAGGCAACAUUAAUGCCUUAGUCAACAUUAAGCAUAUACAAUAUAUCUGGUGAGUCAUAGCUCUGACCAAUGAUUGAAUAAAAUUUCUUCAGUCCGACAUAUAAAAUUAAAAUUUCACAAAUUUUGGAAAAAUGUCACUAACAAUACAGAAAGUGUUGUGUGAUGCUAAGAUGUUGGUGGACAGGCUGAAGGACCACGACAACUCAGCUGACACACUGAUUUCUCAGGCCCACACAUUGAAUAAACGGAUAGAUGCUAUGAGAACUUAUGAAGAGGAGAUUCAACAAUUGAAUCAGGUGGCUAGGCAUAGACCUCGAUCCACCCUUGUGUUAGGUAUUGCACAAGAAAAUCGCCAAAUCCGUGAACUCCAACAUGAGAACAAGGAGCUCCGUCUUUCCCUUGAGGAACACCAGUCUGCACUCGAACUUGUCAUGUCAAAAUACAGGGAACAAAUUCUUAAACUAGUCAUGGCAAACAAACAGGACCAAGCUAAAAGCCCAACAGGAAGUGUUGAAGAUAACAACCAAAUGCUUGAAAAAAUUGACAAAAUCUAUGAAAUGGCCGCAGUUAUGCAAAAGGCUGUAGCUAUCGAUGAUGCUCAUGGUGCAUCUCAAUUAGAAAAAAUACAAAAACUUGAAAUUGAAAAUGAAGGACUUCGUGAAAUGCUUGACAUUAGUAAUAUACAUAACAAUAUCUCUAAAGAUGCUACUCCUGUAACAGAUGACGAUGAACCAAAAAGCCCAAAUGCUAAAGAUUCAAAUGGAAAUAAAGUCUCUGAGUCCAAUGAUACUAAUAAAACUGAAGAUAUGAAAGAUAAAGACAAAGCUGCAGAUGACACUGAUGAAAAGAAAACAUGAAACCGAGCCCUUUUAAAUCAGCAAUAUGAAUAUUAUUACAGAUUUGGUAAAUGUCUCUAAUGCCAAUUUUUAUUACUUCCAUUCCAUCUCAUGGAUGUCACUUAUUAAGUUUGAGAGUGUGUGUGGGUUGUUACCCUGCAGUUGAAAUAGCGCUUAACUAGCAAAGGUGUUACGCAAUACACACGCAACAAAUGUUUGCAUGACUGGUGGCUUAAAUUUGCACUCUCUCAAAUGUACACUGUUCUUGUUAUUUAUGCCAUUGUGCAUUACUCACAUACACCUCUUAAAAGUAGAUAAAUAAAGUGUCUAACAUUCUCUCAUGCAUAUAUUUACAAACCUUAUCGUAGCUUUUUCUGCACCUUUUUGAAAUUAAAAAGUACUCAUCUCAUCCCUUCAGCAUACUUCGAUAUUUUAUAAAAAGAAAACAUUCCCUUAAUUGCUCAAUCUCGACAUUCAAAAUAAGCUAAUUGCAGAAUGGAAUGUUAAACACUUUAGAUGAAUUUAUUUGCACUGACCUAAAUUUAUAAUUUUUAUAAAUGCAUAUACUGUAUUUGGUGUAUAAUAUGUUACAUAUACCUGCAAUGUUCAAUACUAAAUGUGAAAGUAAAUAAACGAAAGUACAUUUAUCAUGAGACAUGAUGAAAUAUACAGGGUGUUCAAAUAAAAUUGUUGCACCUGAAUCUAUAAACUUUUUGAAAUACAUUGUGCUGUUACUGUUAAAUACCUCAGAUACUAGAUAGCUAUUUAUUGUAUAUCUAUUUAGACAUUGUAUCCGACAUACUUGUAUAAGUUAGAAAAUUAAGAAAAAUUGCAGAAAAUUUGAUUCACUGUAGUGAACAUUUAAAUAAUCUAGAAUUCAAUUGAUGUUAUAGGCUAGUAUCAAAGUCUACUUAAUUAAUUGUGGAUCUUGUUAGAACAUUAAUUUGAACAUAUUAUGCAAAUAUUUGGUACUAGGUGUAUCAAUCUGAAAAAAAUUGUUAUAAUUUGUUUAAUUUAAAUUCCCUUGUGCAUUUGAUUCACCAAUGUAAUAUUAUACACUUAACAAAUGUUAAAGCAAUAAUUUUUAUAGAAAAAGCAGUUACUUGUUGUUACAGUCAGUUGUUUUAUUUUGUGCCUAAUUUGGCAAUUCACCAGUUCUCUACCAUGUGGCCAAUGGAAAUCUUCCUCAGAACACCUUCACACUGUUACUCAAUGUAGCAGUCACUAAUGGUAUUUUUAAGGGAUUUUCACAAGUAGGCCUAUUUGCUAAAUUAAAUUAUUGUUAACACCUAGAUAAAAGU